AUUUAGAAUUCAGUCCAUUUUGUAGUCUGACUGACUGAACGUCAGACUGCAGCAGCAAGACAUCAUGGAGAUUACAUGUCUCUGCAUCAGACUGUUGAUGACUAUGUUGUUUCUUCUGCUCGCACAAGUUGACUUCAAUUCUCAGAAAGCUGAUGCAUCUUUUCCUCAGGUCGUUCCAAACAGACAGCAGCACUUUGAGUACGAGUCCAUUGUUGUCAGCUGUGAGGGACUGGAGGCACUGACUGGAUGGAGAGUGAUGAGGAAGGUUAAAGGAGUUAUUAAAACAUGUUCUUCUAUCUGGUCGACAUCAACAGGACGCUGCAAAAUUAAUGAUGCCUUAGCAGUGAUGGACAGUGGAGAAUACUGGUGUGAAAUGGGAGUAAAGAAAAGCAACCCUGUCAACAUCACAGUCACUGCUGGCUCUGUGAUCCUGGAGAGUCCUGUCCUCCUCGUGAUGGAGGGGGAAGCUGUGACUCUGAGCUGCAGACAGAAGCAGACGUCUGCCAAUCUCACCACUAAGUUCUUCAAAGAUGGUCACUUCAUGGAGAAGAGCGUUACAGGAUUCAUGACCAUCCAUAGUGUUUCCAAGUCUUUUGAAGGACUCUACAAGUGCAGAAUCUCUGGAGUUGGAGACUCACUAGAGAGCUGGCUGGCUGUCAGAGCCUUAUUCUACUCCUGAACCUUCCCCUCAUCAUGGCCCUCAACUCUCUCUGCUGGUCUGCGUCGGUGUAACUGUUUUCUUGGUGGCUUUGCUGCUGUUGGUGGGAUUACUGCGUUAUAGAAAACAAACCAUCACCCGAGGU